AUGUCCAUUAUCAACAUAUCACAUGCUGAAGUCACCACCUUCAUCUUGGUUGGGAUGCCGGGGCUGGAAUAUGCACACAUCUGGAUCUCUAUUCCAAUAUCCAGCAUGUAUCUUAUUGCUCUUCUGGGAAACUGCACCAUCCUUUUCAUCAUUAAGACAGAACCAUCCUUGCAUGAGCCCAUGUACUGUUUCCUUUCCAUGUUGACUUUGUCUGACAUGGGCCUAUCCUUUUCCUCUCUUCCCACUAUGUUGAGGAUCUUCUUAUUUAAAGCUUCUGAAAUCUCUGCAAAUGCCUGCUUUGCUCAGCAAUUCUUCAUCCAUGGAUUCACAGCGCUGGAAUCCUCAGUGCUCCUGAUCAUGUCAUUUGAUCGCUUCCUAGCCAUCCACAACCCUCUGAGAUACAGCUCCAUUCUUACAACUCUCAGAGUAGCCCAAAUUGGAAUUGUAUGCUUUUUCAAGAGCUUCCUCCUGGUUCUUCCCUUUCCCUUCACUUUGAGAAUGUUGAAAUAUUGUGAGAAACGCCAACUGUCACAUUCCUACUGUCUCCACCAGGAUGUCAUGAAGCUGGCCUGCUCUGACAACCAGAUUGAUGUCAUUUAUGGUUUUUUUGGAGCACUCUGCCUUAUGGUAGACUUUAUGCUCAUUGCUGUGUCUAACAUCCUAAUCCUCAAGACUGUGCUUGGAAUUGCAUCCCAAAAGGAACAGCUCAAGGCCCUCAACACUUGUGUUUCACACAUCUGUGCAGUGAUCAUCUUCUAUCUGCCCAUCAUCAACCUUGCCAUUGUUCAUCGUUUUGUCCAGCAUGUCUCUCCCCUCUUCAAUGUCCUUAUGGCAAAUAUUCUUUUACUUGUGCCUCCACUGAUGAAUCCCAUAGUGUACUGUGUGAAAACCAGGCAGAUUAGAGUAAAAGUUGUAGCAAAAUUAUGUCAGAAACAAAUAUAUUAA